CGUUUUAGAAACGUGUUUCAGAUCAGACUACUUUAGCAAACAUUGGACAGUGGACACCAGUUUCUUAACAGUUAUUAAAGUCAUACAUUCUACCGAAUUGCUGUCUUUACAGCGUAGACUGUUAGAGUCGUAUGUGGCGUCCAGACAAAACUGUCAUUCAGCACAUUGGCUAACAGUUUUCUGAGUGCUCCAAAAGUUCAAGAAUGGCUCUGAACAAAUCUAUGCACCCACGAAAUCGUUAUAAAGACAAACCUCCAGACUUUGCAUAUCUGGCUUCCAAAUAUCCAGAGUUUCAACAGCAUGUGCAGACGAAUCUCAGUGGACGUGUCACGUUGAACUUCAAGGACCCGGAGGCGGUGCGUGCGCUGACCUGCACCCUGCUGAAGGAGGACUUUGGCCUGACCAUCCAGAUCCCCCUGGAGCGCCUCAUCCCCACUGUGCCCCUGCGCCUCAACUACAUCCACUGGGUGGAGGACCUCAUCAGCGACCAGGGCACCAGGGAGCAGGGCCCACGCAGGGGCAUCGACAUCGGUACCGGUGCCUCCUGCAUCUACCCUCUGCUGGGCGCCACCAUGAACGGCUGGUACUUCCUGGCUACCGAGGUGGACGACAUCUGCUUCAACUACGCCACCAAGAACGUGGAGCAGAACAACCUCUCAGACCUCAUCAAAGUGGUGAAGGUUCCCCAGAAGACCCUGUUGAUGGAUGCUCUGAAAGAGGAGUCCUCCAUCAUCUAUGACUUCUGCAUGUGCAACCCCCCCUUCUUCGCCAACCAGCUGGAGGCCAAGGGGGUGAACUCCAGGAAUGCCCGCCGUCCUCCCCCCAGCUCGGUGAACACGGGGGGCGAGACGGAAAUCAUGGCAGAGGGCGGAGAGCUGGAGUUCGUCAAGAGGAUCAUCCACGACAGCCUGCAGCUCAAGAAGAGGCUCAGGUGGUACAGUUGCAUGCUGGGUAAGAAGUGUAGCCUGACGCCUCUGAAGGAGGAGCUGAGGAAACAAGGGGUAUCCAAGGUGACCCAGACAGAGUUCUACCAGGGACGCACCAUGCGCUGGGCUCUGGCAUGGAGCUUCUACGACGAUGUGUGUGUACCGUCUCCCCCGAGUAAAAAGCGUAAGAUGGAGAAGACCCGCAAGCCCUUGGCCUUCACCAUCCUGCAGCCCACAGUUCGAGAGCUGCAGAUCAAAGCCUCUUCUCUGCCUCCCUCCUUCUCCUCCCCCUCUUCCUCCUCAGCCUCCUCUUCAUCUUCAUCCACCCCCGCACCCUCCUCUCCCACGCCUGGCUCCAAGAGCAGCGAUGUGCACACAGUCACUGUCUGGAUGGAGAAGACGCUCACAGACCUGCGGGUUCUCCAUAAGCGAGUUCCCAGCAGCGAUGCGGAGCUCAGCAUCUUCCUGACGGCUGUGGAGAACACCUGGGUCCGCAUGCGCCAGAGGCGACGUGAACAGAACCGCCAGCACAACCUCUCACUCUCCCCCGGCACCAGCAACCCUCCAGGCACAGCCAGCUCUGGCCCUGACAAACAGCCCACUACAGCAGCAGCUAACGGGGCAGACCACCAGGAUUCUCCCCAGCCCUCUGGGAACAACCUGCUGUCAGCCUCAGGGGGUAAGGAGGAGGAGAACGGGAGCAACAGGCAGAAGGCCGGUGGUCGAGAUUGCAGCGUAGGGGAUAGCGAUCAGGACCAGGAGGGGCUGGACAUCUCCAUGGAGUUGAUAGGGGGCAACACACAGGAAGACGCUCCCGUCACACAGGAAGCCAGCGCUGGCGGUUCUAGUUCUACACAGGAAGCCAGCAAAGUCCCCAAAGGAUGCUCUCAGGAAGCGGCCACCGCCACAUCAACGGCGACACCGAGGGAGGGUCUCCGUCCUGAGAGCCCCGGGCGGGUGCAGAGCUUCCUGUUCAAGAGCCUGCUGAACGUGAAGGCGAGCCCGGAGGCGGAGGAGGGAGACGUCCUGGUGGAGAUGCACUGGGUGGAGGGCCAGAACAAGGACCUCAUGAACCAGCUCUGCACCUGUUUGAAGAACAGCCUCCUGCGCAACGCCGCAACCUCCACCACCACCACCACCACCACCACCACCACCAGCCCUCCAUGAAGUUGCACAUAGAGAUAAUAUGAACACUAGAUGCCAUGUUCAGCCUUUUGCUGUGGUCCAACCCUGGACACCGUCAUCUUGGUCCAGCAUUACUAUGUUUUCCAUGUAUGUUGUUUUACAGCAACCUUUGGGAUAACAUGCGUAUGUCCUUGACACCAAUUGAUGACAGCGUUUUAUCAGCUAAACAUGGUAGCGAUCUGGAUUGAAUCAUUCGUUCCCAUACAAAGGACUGGUCAACAUGAAAUCUAAUGUACACAUUUUGGGAGGUUAGGGAGAGCACACAACCCAAAGCACUGUUUUAUUUCCAAUAACCUGUAGACACUCUUUUUUUCUAGAUUUAUUAAAGGUGACAGAGGUUACCUGAUUGCAUGCCAUGUAUUGCAACCUACAUUUAGGAUAUUUGGAUUUGUGUUCAAGACUGAUUUCAUGUAUUGUCUCUUUGAAAAGGCAUUUGAUUUUUAAAUAAAUUUGUGUUUUCUAGUAUGA